AUGUCAGAGCGUCUACAGGGGCAGUUUCGAGAUGUGAUGGUCCUUCAACAAAAUGAGCACGUAGUGGAGAACAGGGAUAGCGGGUUGGUAGUAGCGGACAGCCACACGCAGCCGGUUGCGCCCCCCUUCACUAGUUCCCCUUCUGCGGCGGCUGCGGAGGAUGCGGCAAACACCGAGGAUGAUGAGCGGGAGUUGAUUCGGUUGCUGGAUGAAUUGAACCAUAGAAUACACCAGGAGGACGAAGCCGACACCCUUGAACGGUCUCAUCGCGGCUUUGUGGUGGAGGAGAAGGAAAUCCCCAGCCUGCACGCAAGCCACGCGGCACCGCCCGUUUACGGCUCACCAGCGCCAACCGGAGGCAGUCCCUUUUUGUAUGCGUCAAGUGUCUCACGCGCCGCAAAGCCACCGCCACCGUCCUUUGCGGAGGCGGUGGCCACGUCCCCGCCCCUUUCCGCGGUGCCGAUGGAGCUGUCUCCGUUGGCGGCGCAUUACGUUCCCCCAAUGACCGCAGCGCAGAAGGACACGAUUCUGCUGCGCAACACGCACGGUGUGUUUAUGCUGCGUCCCAUUUCAAAACCGACGCCGCCGUACACGCCGCCAAGCCUCGCCUCAUCGAUCUCCCCGCCCCCGCGCUACGCGUUGCCACCGGAGGCGCAAUCGCAAUCGCAGCCCCAUUUUCUUGGAAGCUCCAUGGCGCAGGUGGGCGGGAUCGCCGACGCGUACCCGGCGAAGAACCCCGCCGGCACCCCCUACGACGCCCCCCACCCCAUGAACAACGUCAUCGGCGGAAGUCACAUUUUGGGCGGCGGCUGCGCCGGCACCUACACGUACAUAAGCACCUCAGUCAAGUCUAAGCCAACUGGGCACAAGCCACCGCCUCCACCGUACCCCUCGUAA